AUCACUUUACUUUCUCUUCUGAGUGCGCAAGUCAGAGGCAGACAGAGCACAGGAGCAGAAGGAGCUGGAAGAGUGUUUCUGGGACGUUUGACAUUUUCUGUCUUUACGAGGAAGGAUGACUCUUUGGCCAACAAGCAUCCCUGCAAGCUUAAGCCAUGAAAACCAAAGCAACACGGUGGACGGUGUGUGUCGUUAUGACAGAAACAGCUUGAUGUUCACUGUGGUUCCAGUGUAUAUCGGGAUCAUCAGUGCGCUGGGAAUAAUCCUGAAUGUGUUUGUGCUGAUGGUUUUCUGCCUCCAUAAGAAGGCCUGCACCGUGGCUGAGAUCUACUUGAGCAACCUGGCUGCCGCCGACCUCUUUCUGGUGUCUAUGUUACCCUUCUGGGCUGUGAAUGUAGCAAAAAGAUAUACCUGGCCAUUUGGGGAAUCCCUGUGCAAGCUAGUCCCCUUCUCCAUCACCAUGAAUGCCUACUGCAGCAUCUACACCCUCGUUCUGGUUAGCAUUGACCGAUAUUUGGCACUGGUGCACCCUCUGACCACUGAAAGUGUGCGGAGGCCAUUAUAUGCUAAACUGGCAUGUGUAGUGGUGUGGGGUGUAUGCGUUCUCCUGAAUGUCCCAGUUCUCAUCUACAGGAAAAUUAGGGAAAGUGAUACCGCAUGCUUUAAUGCUUAUCCUACAGAAACAAAAAAAGAAACAGAAACAGCAAUAAACAUAACCAAUGUAAUUCUAAGCUUCAUCAUCCCCAUUUUAAUUAUUUUCUUCUGUACUCUCAAAAUUAUUCACGCUCUGAGAAACAGGUUAAGGGACAGCUUAAACACUGAGGGAAAGGAGCAGAAGGCCACCACUCUGAUCCUCAUAGUCCUAUUGGCGUUCCUGAUCUGCUGGGUGCCAUACCAUGUGAUUAAAAUCCUAGACCUACUCAGUAGACAUAACAUAUUGACAAGGUGUGACAUGUACCUGAACCUCACCCAACAGAUCUUCUUUUACUUUGCCUUCUUCAAUAGUGUUCUCAACCCAAUUCUCUACGUUUGUGUAGGGAGAAACUUCCGGAAAAAAGUUAAGGAGGUCUUCAGCCAGAUGAGUAAUAAGAGAAAAUCUACAUUCAGCCUCGUCUCCACACGUACAAACCUUUCAAGGAGUGUUGGAACUCAGGAGGCCACAAAAUCAUCUGCAUAUUUGUAAUUUUUGAUUCGGGAUUUGUGUUGUUAGGAUUUCGUACAGUGAAACUGGUGAUGUUUUGGUGAUGAUGGCAAAGUUCCUACAUUCUGUUUUUGGACAAUCUGUAUUUACAGGUUUUAUUUCACGUGAUGCCCACCAGAUACUGCUCACUCUGGUGAGAUUCAGUGCCCCUUUUGGAUUGUUUGCUGGUGGAACAUGACAAGUGAUUUAAAAAGUAUAUUUGUGUUCAAUGACUCAAAGAUUGUAGAACAAAGACUUAAGGGACAUCUGUAUGUUUUUCUACAAUUCUUCCUUAUGUGUUAGGGUCUGUUUCCAGACAUAAAUGUUUCUUGAGGCAUUGAUGUUUAAGUAAUGGAUGAAAAGAUGGAUGAUAAUGGAUGAAACUCACAAAGAAGUCCUCAAGUUUUAUUUUAUCUUCUCAGCAUAGUUCUGAACCCUGAACUCUGAACCUUUUCAUGACAACACAAAAGUCAGGUGGAAAGGACGACUUAAACAAAGGAAUGAAGGGUGCGGUCAUUUUGAAAGAAAGUGAUUUAAAAGACUCUGUCCUUGGACAUCCUGCUGACAUUUUGUACCCCUUCUGCAUUUAUCCAAAUCGGCCACUCUUGCACUCACACCCUAACAGUUGUUUCACUGGCUAUCGUGCUUUCAGAUUUAACACAGCAACACUACCACAUAAUUAAAUAUGAUUACCGCACAUGUUUUACAUCAGAGAAGUAAUGGACAAAACCAAAGAUAAUGGAAGUAAUGCACCGAAGAGGUGGAGACAGACUCUGUGUCUGUGUAACAUCAUUUACACUGUUGAUACAACAAGUCAGUGGUGAGAUGUUACAGGCCGCUAUGUGCGUGCAUGUCUGUAGAUAUGUAUUUAAGUCUCUCAGUAUUGUAACAGGUCUGUGUGAAUAUAUCGUGAUGUAACUUUUCUAUUUUCUGCUUGUAAUAUUCAAAAACAAAUCCUGUCAUGUUUUGAAACCAUGUAAUAUUUCUCAACUGAAGCAAACUUAAAAUAAUUGUUUAACCUGCCAACAAUGGAGAGUGUUAACCUGCACAUUGUGAGACAUUUGCAUGUUUGUAACUUGUUGCUCAGCGCAGUUUGUUUAAUAUUUUAAGUUCGAGAAUCUGGAUGUAUCACGAAGCAAGUUUGACAUAGAUGGGCUUUCUUUGUGUAAGUCACGUCAACAAAAACUAAAACCCCAGUCAGAGAUAG